ACUGCGAGCGACGACUGCCACGGCGCAGAAGCGUCGGAUCCGGCGUUAACACCCCAUCACCAAUGCGGCCGGCACGCGCGCUUCCGCUGCCGCACUUCACUCUCCCGCCGCUUGCCGGCGAGGACCUCGCCUUCGUUACCGUCCUCCGUGCCCACCUCUCCUCGCCGGAGAUCGCGCCCUCCUCCCUCUCCGGCUUCCUACCCCAACUCAACCCCCUCCGCCUCUCACACCUCCUCCUCUCCCCGCCUCGGGUGGCCCACGACCUCCUCGGCUCCAUCCUCCCCUCGCCGCCGCCCCCGCUCCCCUUCGCCCUCCUCCUCCACGCCCUCACCCCGCGCCGCUCCUCCGAGCUCCUCGCCUCCCUGCUCCCCUCCGUCUCGCACCACGCCUUCCCGGAGCUCCUCCACCACCUCAUCUUGACCGCUCGCCUCGCCGCCGGCAGCCGCGGCACCGGCGCCGCAGUGCCGGCCGUCGACGUCCUCUUCUCUGCUUGCGCGCGCCGAAACAAGCUCUCUCAGGCCACGCUCACCUUCCGCGCCAUGCGUGCGCAUGGCCUGCUCCCGCGGGUCGAGUCCUGCAACGUCUUCAUCUCCGCGGCGCUCCGCCUGAAGCGCCCCGAGAUCGCCGUGUCCUUCUUCCGGGAGAUGCGCCGGUGCUGUAUAUCGCCCAACAUGUACACGGCCAACAUGGUGUUGCGGGCGUUCUGUGCCCUGGGGCGGGUCGCCGACGCGGCCAUGGUGCUCGAUGAAAUGCCGGAUUGGGGGGUUGAUAGGACGGUGGUCAGCUUCAACACGCUGAUCGCUGCUUAUUGUAAGGAGCAUGGUGGUCUGGAACAUGCGCUGGAGCUGAAGAAGAGGAUGGAGCUGGAGGGGCUAGCGCCCAGCGAGGCAACCUAUAACACGAUCCUCCAUGUGCUGUGCAAGGAGGGGAGGAUGCACCAGGCGAAUCGUUUCUUGAGCGAAAUGAAGGCGAAGAGGGUUGUGCCGAACACAGUGACAUACAAUACUCUGAUUUAUGGGUAUGUCAUGCAUGGUGAUAAUGGCACAGCGUGGAGGGUUCAUGAAGGGAUGGUUAAGAAUGGAGUCGAGCUUGAUAUCAUAACUUACAAUGCGCUCAUUCUUGGUCUUUGCCGGGAUGGGAAGAUAAAAAAAGCUGUGCAUUUGUUUCAGCAGCUUGACAGGUCCAAGCUUGAACCGAAUGCUUCAACUUUCUCAGCGUUGAUUCUUGGAUACUGUAUGGCGCAGAAUUCAGAGCGAGCACUGCAACUGUUGAAUGUGAUGAAAAAAUCUGGCUUCCAUCCAAAUUACGACACAUAUAAGAUUGUUAUAUCUACUUUCUGCAAGAAUAAGGAUUUUGAAGGAGCAGUGGAUGUGAUGAAGGAGCUUCUUGAGAUGUGCAUGGCUCCUGACAAGGCCUUAUUGCAUGAAUUCUUUGAAGCCCUCUCAAAGGCUAAAAAACUCCACCUAGCAGAAGGUCUGCAGUCAGCUGAUAAAGGCGGAAAGUUUAUUCUAUCUAUCUACUAUACUGGUGAUUACAGGAACAACGGCGAAGAGAAAACUGCAUGUUAACACGCAGAGACCAUGGUGCCUCAUCAGAAUGUACAAUUUGUUUGUUUGGAGAACAAUAUAAGUUAAACUCUUCUGCUUGUACCAAUGUGGAAUUUGCAUUGACACAUGCCUAUGAACGUUUCUGUUUGGAUUAAGUGAAGGCAACCUGACAACUAUUCUUGCCUGUAGGUAGCUGAGUUGCGUGUUCCUGCAAGAAGAUGACUAGCAAAUGGAAUACUACAUACUACGUGUGUCCACACAAAUAUGUCAACCAAGAAUUCUUCAUAAUCAGAUGCUUAUGGAGUUACAGGCUUGUACUUUUCUUGCAACAGCUUGUGUUAUUCCAUUGACAAAAGUAUCAGAUGAAACUCCACUGGUGAAAAUUUGAAUUGAUUUGUGCUGGUUCUAGCACAAGCACCAUAUCAGAUAGUACUUCAAACAUCUUCUUGAAACCAUCUGUUCGUAAUGUCAAUUUCAAAUUCAGUUUGUAUUGGAGGAAAAUCUCUGCAAGCAAAGCAGUUAACAGUGAUUUCCCCAUUUUCUUCAGUUUUUUAACAUACCUUAUAAGACAUUGUAGUUCUCCUCUUUUAUAUGCCUCUCCACACAAAUUUGUUUGAAUAUGUAAUUUGUAAAAGAUGUUUGCUGAAUUAACAAUUACCUCAAAAAGGAAAACCAUGAUGCAGGAAGAAGACAGAUACAAUAUCUCUUAUCAACUAUUCAACUGUGAAUUUGCAUUGAUGCACAACACACUCAAUAUAGUAGUAUCUCCAUGCCAAAGAUUAGUCACUAAGUCACUUACAUAUAGUUGUAGUUGGCUCCUAGUUUGUCUAUUAAAGGAAAAUGUUAGUAGCUUUCAGCAUCUCCAUUAUGGCAGUCAUCCUGUUUUAUGGUGAUCAGCAUAGUACUACCUUAGAAAUAUUUGCCUUCACAUGCAUAAUUCUACAUUCUGUUGUUUCAGCUUGAGUAUAUUGGAAGCAAACACAGGCACUAAAUUCUAAAAAUGCACACGUAGGUCCAUAUAGUCUUCCCAUUCUGGCAUUAUUCUCCAUCUUCAAGAUACUGUAGAUAAUGAAUUUACUGCUUUUACACAAGAUUCACGUUUCCACCAUGUGAGCAUGUCAUUGCUACGAUUCAGUCUUUUGCCUGACAGAUUGUAAGACUGAAAUUUAGCCUCAAGUUUCUUCUUAUGCCGUACUGAAAAGGACUUGCCUAAACACAUGGACGCACUAUGUGUAUGUAAAAUAUUAAUAGGCGUUACCCUAUUCUCCAAUCAAGCUAGCUCGUAGAUACUCUUUCUAACUAACACCUGAAUCUUGUGACAACGAUUUUCUCAAUGAAAAAAGAAGUUUAAACAGUUACCAACAUUGUCAUUGCAGCUUGACGCAAGGGUAAGAGAAGUUUUAAGAUGGUCCCAAACAAUUCUGAAUCGUCCAUUUACUUUGAUCUAAUGGCUAGGGUGAUCUUAUACCCAGGAAUUCUAGAGUGUUCUGUAAAUAGGGCUAUGGAUACCCUUAAUGUACGUGCAGCCCAUGUUGAGCAUGUUAUGAGAAUCGAUACUACGCAAUGAUCUUAAGAUUCUGAUUCAGCAGAUGGCGACAGUAUCAUGCUAUAUCCACUCAGAUAAUCUUGAUCACUAACCUAUUUCAGUUUUGUGAAGUAUCAGGGCACAGAAGUGUGUAGCCAACAACACUGUCGCUGUUUCAGCUAAAGGCAAUGUGAGCAUGGCUAAUCCAACUACAAUCAUGAAGCUACAGACCAGCUGCUCAAGGGUGUGGCAUUCGUCAGUGGCAUGCCGAUCUUUCUCCAUUCUGCUCGCAUGGCCAAAUGGACGGCCAUUAAACUAGCUGGUCAUCAGCUCACGGCCCCACCAGGAAGGCAGAGGCAAGCCUGUUAUAUUUGCCUUAAGCAAGACUGGGAGCCUGAUGUUCUUCCCAUGGUUAUGGGAUGCGAAAACCAAAGCCGUUGAGGGGGCAAGGAUUCAGAGGUACAGCAGCAUACUUGAGAGUUGAGAAUGAGAAGAGCACAUGCGAGAAGAUACGAGACGAGAAGGCAUGCUGUUACUGCUUGGAUCGCCAGGAUUGUUGCUCACGGUGGUCGUCCGUUCUGUCGGAUUUUGGGUUCCGGCAGACCCUUGAGGUUCGAACACUGGGGUGUGUGAAGAUUUCGCCUCCUACCUACCUGCACCCCUCCGCCAUGCUAGGAUCUAAACUACGAAAAGAACAA